UCUCACAGCAUGGAAGUUCAGCACUUCUGAAUGAGAUCUACACAGAGCUCUACAUCACAGAGGGUUGGAGUGGAGAUGUCAAUAAUGAACAUGAGGUGAGACAGAUUGAGACAGUGUCCAGGAGACCAGGAGAAACCCAUCAAAUGUAAUGAUCUCUUUAAAGACAAGUCCAUCAGAACUGUGCUGACUAAAGGAGUUGCUGGAAUUGGAAAAACAGCCUCUGUGCAGAAGUUCAUUCUGGAUUGGGCUGAAGGAAAAGUAAAUCAGGACAUCACAUUCAUGUUUCCACUUCCCUUUAGAGAGCUAAAUCUGAUGAAGCAGAAAAAUCUCAGUCUGAUGAAUCUUCUUCAUCACUUUUUCCCAGAAAUAAGAAAACUAGAAUCAUUAGACUGUGACUCCUACAAAGUGGUGUUGAUCUUUGAUGGUCUGGAUGAGUGUCGACUUCCUCUAAAUUUCCAUAAGAAUGAGAGAUUGUGUGAUGUGACAGAGUCAGCCUCAGUGGAUGUGCUGCUGACGAACCUCAUCAAGGGGAAUCUGCUUCCCUCUGCUCUCCUCUGGAUAACCACAAGACCAGGAGCAGCCAAUCAGAUCUCUCCUGAGUGUGUAGCCCAGGUAACUGAGGUACGAGGCUUCAGUGACCCUCAGAAAGAGGAGUACUUCAGGAAGAGGAUCAGUGAUCAGAGCCUGGCCAAUAAAAUCAUCACACACAUAAAGUCUUCAAGAAGCCUCUACAUCAUGUGCCACAUCCCAGUCUUCUGCUGGAUCUCAGCCACUGUUCUAGAGAGAAUGUUGGGUGAAGCAGAAGGUGGAGAGAUCCCCAAGACUCUGACUCAAAUGUUCACACACUUCCUGAUCUUUCAGAUCAAACACAAGGACCAAAAGUACCAUCAGAAAUGUGACCCUUAUCCUCAGAAGACCAGAGAGAGUAUCCUGGCACUGGGAAAACUGGCUUUUCACCAGCUGGAGAAAGGAAACCUGAUCUUCUAUGAGGAAGAUCUGAGAGAGUGUGGCAUUGAUGUCAGAGAAGUGUCAGUGUACUCAGGAUUGUGUACCCAGAUCUUCCGAGAGGAGUUUGGGCUUCACCUGGGGAAGGUGUUCAGCUUCGUACAUCUGAGUGUUCAGGAGUUUUUGGCUGCUUUAUACACGUUUCUCUCCUUCAUCAGCAGAAAUGUAACACAACAACAAAGUACUCAUCUGUAUGAUCUUUUCAAGAAGUCGAACAUGUCUGAUCUCCUCAGGAGUGCAGUGGACAAGGCCUUACAGAGUGAGAAUGGACACCUGGACCUGUUCCUACGCUUCCUUUUGGGUCUCUCACUGGAGUCCAAUCAGACUCUCUUAUGAGGCUUAAUGACACAGACAGGAAGCAGAUCUCACAGCAAACAAGAAACAGCGAUGUACAUCAAGGAGAAGAUCAGGGAGAAUCCAUCUCCAGAGAAAUCCAUCAAUCUGUUCCACUGUCUGAAUGAACUAAAUGAUCAUUCUCUAGUGCAGGAAGUACAAACUUACCUGAACAGAGAAGGUUACAGAUGUCUCAGAGGAACCAGACUCUCUCCUACUCAGUGGUCAGCACUGGUGUUUGUGUUACUGAACUCAGAACAGGAGCUGGAUGUGUUCAAAUCAAAAAAAUCAAAGUUUAUUUAUAGAGCACCUUUUAAAAACAGCAGGUGUUCACCAAAGUGCUGUACAAACAAUAUAAAAUAAACAAUAGAACUAAAAAGCAUAAAAUAAUAAUAAUAAAAUAAAUAAAUAAAAACUAAAUAAAAGACUAAUAAAAAUGCAAUAAAUACAAUAAUAAUUAGUAGCACACACUUAAAAAGAACUCCUAACAGAUAACUCUCAUACUGUAUUGUAUGCUGCACCAUACAAAUAUGUUUUUAAAUGUGAUUUAAAAACAGCCAGUGAAGGUGCCCACCUAAUGUACAAAGGCAAAUUAUUCCAGAGUUUGGGGGCCGCUACUGCAAAGGCACGGUCACCUCUGCUCUUUAGUUUUGCAAUGGGGGAUACUAAAAGCAGUUGCCCAGCAGACCUAAGUGCUCUGGAUGGAGCAUAUGGCUUUAAUAGAUCUGAGAGGUAUUUAGGACCAAUGUUAUUUAAUGAUUUAAAAACUAAAAGUAAAAUCUUGAAAUCAAUUCUAAAAUGAACGGGCAACCAAUGAAGGGAAGCCAAUAUAGGUGUAAUGUGUUCUCGUUUGCGUGUCCCCGUUAAUAAACGUGCAGCUGCGUUUUGUACCCUCUGCAAACGUGCUAGAGAUGCCUCACCAAUUCCUACAUAGAGACUAUUACAAUAGUCCAGUCGGGAUGAUAUAAAAGCAUGGAUGACCCUCUCAAAAUCAGUAAAAGAUACAAAUGACUUGACUUUAGACAAUUGCCUUAACUGAUAAAAACACGAUUUAACUACCAAAUUAAUCUGUUUUUCUAGUUUAAAGUCACCGUCCAUUAAAACCACCAGG